GUCGCAUUGGGCGCGUCAACAACUGAAAAGCAACACAGGAUACGACAAAGGAGGCGUUUUUUGACUGGGGGCCCUGACGGUGGUUUUGUUUAUUUCUCUUAAUCCCCACCUGACUUCUUUCACUUUUCAGAGGUGGAUUGUGUUUCUUCUCCCCCAUUUCCCUAGUUUUCUUGUCACUCGUUACGCACCUUUCCUUCUGUUUUUGCCUCCCUACUGUUCGGCCUUUUCACCAUGGAUGACUCAAUGGUUGAAUCCGUCUUUGAGGACGAUGGAAGCUCUGACUUCGAACCAGCUCCCAAGCCCAAGGCGAAGGCGGCCCCCAAGAAGGCAGCCGCGCCCAAGAAGACGGCCCAAACAACUCUCACAGGCAAAGCCACCGGGAAGGGCGCCGCUUCGAAGAAGCGCGCCAAACCGGACAGCGACGACGACAUGUCCGAUAACAACCAGUCCGGCGAUGACUCUGUUCUCUCACAUACGCCCCCGAAGAAGGCAAAGAAGGCUCCCGCAGCCAAGAAGGGCGGCUCCAAGCCUCUUGCGGAUAUGGAAAAUGAAUCCUUCACAAACGAUGGCGGUGAUGCAGCCCCGAAAAAAGCAGACGCGUCAGAGAAGUACCAGAAGCUUACACAACUUGAACAUAUUAUCAAACGUCCAGAUACAUAUAUUGGGUCCAUUGAACGUACCAAGCAGCAAAUGUGGGUCUACAGUUCGGAGUCAGAAGGGAUGGAGUACCGUGAGGUCUCGUAUGUCCCUGGUCUCUACAAGAUCUUUGAUGAAAUUGUCGUCAACGCGGCCGAUAAUAAACAAAACGAUGCCAACAUGGAUGAGAUGCGCGUGACAAUUAACCGGGAAUCCGGGGAAAUCAGCGUGUGGAACAACGGUCGCGGUAUCCCAAUUGAGAUGCACGCGAAGGAGAAGAUUUACGUACCCGAACUCAUUUUCGGUCAUUUGCUCACCUCAUCCAACUACGAUGACACCCAGCAAAAGGUCACUGGAGGUCGGAACGGUUUCGGUGCCAAGCUCUGUAACGUUUUCUCCACCGAGUUUACCAUCGAGACCCAGGACUCGCGGCAGAAGAAGAAAUACAAACAGACGUGGACCAAUAACAUGACCAAGAUGGGCAAGGCAAAGAUAACCGAUGCCAAGGGUGACGACUACACCAAGGUCACCUUCAAGCCAGACUACGCCAAGUUUGGUAUGGACGGCAUGGAUGACGACUUCGAGGCCCUUGUGAAGCGUCGUGUUUAUGAUUUGGCAGGAACCACGAAAGUGGCAGUCAAGUUGAACGGCAGCCGGGUUCCCAUUCGCAACUUCAAAAAGUACAUGGAAAUGUACACCAAAGCAAUCCGUCGGGAACGUGGUGACGAUGGCUCCAAGGAUGAAAUCAUCACCUGCAGCCCGGACCCCCGGUGGGAGGUCGGCUUUGCAGUCUCGGACGGCUCCUUCCAGCAGGUGUCAUUUGCGAACUCCAUUGCCACAACCUCCGGUGGUACCCACGUGAACUACAUUGCGGACCAGAUUUGUUUCAAAUUAGCUGAACAAGUCAAGAAGAAGAACAAGAAUGGUGCAACUCUGAAGCCCGCUCAAAUUCGGAAUCACAUCUUCCUGUUUGUGAAUGCUUUGAUUGUCAACCCGGCGUUCACCUCCCAAACUAAGGAACAACUGACCACCAAAUCGUCCCAAUUCGGCAGCAAAUGUGUGCUUGAAGAAGACUUUUUCAAAAAGAUUCUGAAGACAGACGUCAUGUCGAACAUUCUGCAUUUUGCCCAGCAAAAGGCCGACCAGAUGCUGAAGAAGAGUGAUGGUGGCCGUCGUACUCGUAUGAACAAUCCCAAAUUGACCGAUGCAAACAAGGCUGGUACCAAGGAGGGUCACCAUUGCACACUGAUCUUGACGGAAGGAGAGUCGGCCAAGGGUUUGGCCAUGGCUGGACGUGCGGUGGUCGGUCCGGAUCUCUUUGGCGUUUUCCCCCUCCGAGGAAAGCUGCUUAACGUCCGGGAUGCCACUUUUGAGCAGAUCUCGAAAAAUGUGGAAAUUCAGAGCAUCAAGAAUUUUAUCGGUCUGCAGCACAAGAAAGAAUACACAGACACCCGUGGACUGCGCUAUGGACACUUAAUGAUCAUGACUGAUCAAGAUCACGAUGGUUCUCACAUUAAGGGAUUGCUCAUUAACUUCUUGCAAGCCCAAUUUCCCAGUUUGUUGAAGAUCCCUGAAUUUCUUAUUGAGUUUAUCACUCCUAUUGUGAAGGUGUGGAAGGGUGACCAGAAAAACCCGACGAAAUCGCGCUCUUUCUUCACCAUGCCCGAGUACGAGGCCUGGAGAGAGGAACACAAGCACGAACGCGGCUGGGAGCACAAGUACUACAAGGGUUUGGGUACAAGCACCACCGAAGAUGCCCAAAUUUACUUCCGUGACCUUGACCGCCACCUGAAGGAGUUCCACACCAUGCAAGACAACGAGGUGGGACUAAUUGAGCUUGCUUUCUCCAAGAAGAAGGCCGAUGAGCGAAAGGAGUGGUUGCGGCAAUUCAAGCCUGGAACAUUCUUGGAUCACUCGGUUUCGAAAAUCUCCUACACUGACUUUAUCAACAAGGAGCUCAUCCUCUUCAGCAUGGCUGAUAAUAUCCGUUCGAUUCCUUCGGUUGUGGAUGGCCUGAAGCCUGGUCAACGCAAGGUCCUGUACACCUGUUUCCGUCGCAACUUGAAGAAAGAUAUGAAGGUGGUCGAGUUGGCGGGUCACGUUUCAGGUAUGACCGCGUAUCAUCACGGCGACAUUUCCCUGCAGCAGACCAUUGUGGGUCUGGCACAGACCUUCGUCGGGUCCAACAACGUGAAUUGCCUAGAGCCCAGUGGUAACUUCGGUAGUCGUCUCCAGGGUGGAUCCGAUUGUGCUAGUGCUCGUUAUAUCUACACUCGGCUGUCGCCGUUUGCGCGACGUAUCUUCCAUAGUCAUGACGAUCCGCUGCUCACUUAUAACGAGGACGAUGGUGCCAAAAUCGAACCUGAGGUUUACGUACCCGUGGUUCCCAUGGUCCUAGUCAAUGGUGCUGACGGUAUCGGUACCGGGUGGAGUUCAUCCAUUCCUAACUACAACCCCGAGGACAUUGUGGACAACCUGAAGCGGCUGAUGGAUGGCGAAGAAAUCAGGCCCAUGCAGCCAUGGUUCCGCGGAUUCACUGGUGAGGUCACUGCAAUUGGUGGCGACCGCUUCAAGUUCAGUGGUAUCAUCAAAGAGACUGGCGACAAGGAAGUUGAAAUUACUGAACUUCCUAUCCGUACCUGGACUCAAGACUUCAAGGAUAAGCUCGAGGAAAUCAUCAAGGCCGAGAAAACUCCUUCAUUCAUCAAGGACUACAAAGACUACAACACGCACACCAAGGUUCACUUCAUCAUCCAAAUGGACGAGAAGAACAUGAAGGGCGCCCUGUCUGAUGGCUUGGAGGAGAGGUUUAAGUUGUCCAAAACUUUGGCGACCACCAACUUGGUAGCAUUCGACCCCGAAGGUCGUAUCACAAAGUAUGCCACCGUUGAUGACAUUCUCAAGGAGUUCUACACCUAUCGUUUGAAGUUCUAUGAGAAGCGCAAGCAGUAUCAGCUCUCCCAGCUACAAAAGGAGCUUGAGAGGCUCAGCAAUCAAGCACGGUUUGUUCAGAUGAUCAUUGAUGGGAAGUUAGUCGUCUCCAAGAAGAAGAAGCAUGUCCUUGUUGCGGAGCUGAAGGAGAAAGGAUUCAAGCCAUUCCCCAAGGUGGCUGAAGCUGUCAAGGCUGGAGAAGCUGAACCGGUCGUCGAGGAGGAAACUGAAGAGGAUGAUCAGGACGCCGAGGUCCUAUCCAAUGCCUACGAUUACCUUUUGGGUAUGGCCAUUUGGUCUCUGACCCAGGAACGUGUCGAAAAGCUCCGCCGCCAGAUUGGAGACAAGGAGAUGGAGAUCGACGAGUUGAUCAAGAUGUCUAAGGAAGAUAUCUGGAAGCGCGAUCUGGAUGACUUCAUCGCUGAAUGGAGAUUCCAGCUCGAGGAUGAGCAGCGCCGCCAGCGUAAGGUAGCCUUGAUGGAUCGGCGCAGAUCCUCAAAGCUUCCGACGGCUGGCCGUAAAGUGGGAGCGAAGAAGCGCAAGGCCGCUCUCGGAGAUGAUUCGGACGAUGAGGACUUCGCCGCACCUAAGUCGAGGAAGUCCGCCGCCGCCAAAAAGGCUGAACCUAAAGGAGGUCUUCUCAAUUACCUGAACAAGGCACCAGCGAAGUCUAAGUCCCCGCCGAAGGAGGAAGACAACUCAGAUGAUGACUUUGAGAUGGAAGUGAUACCCAAGAAGAACAGAGGAGCGUCUAAGCCCAAGGAUGAGGAAGAGGAUGAUGUCGUGGCUCCGUCCGCCCAGUCGGAAGUAGAAGAGGUGCUUCCCAAGAAGAGUCGCGCAGCGCCCAAAGCCGCAUCUAAAGCCGCUUCCAAAUCCAAAGUGGAAGAGGACGUGAUGGAGGUCGAGGCACCUCCUAAGAGGGGCCGACCAGCAGCCAAAGCGAAACCAAAGCCCAAGCCCAAGGACGAUAACGAGGAUGAGGACGAUCUUGACGAUGAUGACUUUGUGGAGAUUACCAAGGCUGAGGCGGCCAAGUCGUCAGCUCCCCCCAGCCGGGCCCGCAAACCUGUCAAGUAUGCCUUGAGCGAUUCUGACAGCGACAACGGGGAUGACUUCCUGGGCGAUGUCAGCCAGAUGGUCAAGGGCAUCGGGGCCAAGGAUAGCGCAUCCACGUCUGACUCCCGGCUGCUUUUCUCUGAGCAACAACCCGGUAGCGGCUCUGCAUUGCCGACGAACUCCUCGAAGACGUCGAAACUGUCAUCUGAUUUCGACGCGGACGAGACUGAUUACGGAAAAUUGUUGCCUUCAAAAUCUCCUCGGCGGUCGCUGCAGGUCAAGCCUAAGGAAGUAAAGGCCUCGGAUGAUAAUGACAUGGAAGAGGAAGACGACGAACCUAUCAAACCUGCCGCCUCCAGGGCUAAGCCCGCUGCGAAGGGCAAGGCGACGACCACCGCUGCGAAGUCGACCACCGCAAAGCCCCGCGGUCGUCCCAAGAAGGACGCUGCUAAGCCUAGUGCUCCGGCUACCAAGCAGACCACCCUGUCUCCAGCUGCCAAGGCCUACGCCUCCAAGCAGGCCAAGGCCGCUAGCAAGAAAAGGCAGUUAGCCGAUGAUUUGUCCGAUGACGAUAUCGAUGCCAUGGCCAAUGAUAUCUUAGACUCUCCCGCUGGGGUUAAGAAGACCGCCGAUUCCGACGAGGACGUGCGUCCUGCUCGGAAGCCCACUGGCCGGCCGGCACGGCGGACUGCAGCUGCAGUUAAGAAGACCUAUGUGAUUGAUGAUGACAGCGAGGAUGGAGGUGAUUCGGAAGAUGAUUUCCAGGAGGACAGCGAGUAAGCUGAGUGAUGGAUCGGGAGACGUUGAGCGUCUGGAUUUCAUUUCGUUGUAUUGGUAUCAACUUGUUGAUUGCCAUAGUUUAUCUUGUGUUUUCUCUCACUCUGUUACCUUUCUAUGAAUUUGUGUUGGCGUUAGGUCUCGGGAUUGAAUCGGGUUUUAGGAUGGAUAACAGUAA